AACAACCGUCCCGUCGUAGACCGCCCGCAGCAGUUUCAAAAACUAGGCCACCCCACUUGCUUUAGAGUGUAGAGUCCAUACCACACAACAUUCUCUCUCUCUCUCCGUAUGGCAAAACAUACCAAUUUAUCCUCAACUGGACCAAGGAUCUAAGGACUACAUUUCCUCACUGUCAAUUACAUAGCAAGAAAUCGAGAGCCCAAACUUUUUCAGGUAAUCAAGCCAUUUGAUUUUGUACAUUCUCUUAACUGUUUCUUUUCUUCUGUAAUUUUUUUCAAUGGAAUGUCUUCUUGGCCUUUCUCUGAAAUUACGGUUACCUUAUAUCUUUCCUGUUUCGUCUUUUCCAUGUGGGUAAGGCUUUGUUUGUAUUUGCAUUGUGUGAACCUGACUCAUGGGAAGCUUCCUUCCCAAUUUGCCAAUUUCUGGGAUCUAAUUUAACUAAAAUCUGAAAUACACUCUGCAUCUUUUGUUUUGCUGGUACAAAUGCCUUGGUGGAAUUUGGAAUCUCUUUCCUGCUUUAAGAAUUUAAGGGGCAUCUUUCAGGAUGCUUCAACUAAGAGGCUGGAUGUUACUGCAAAUACUUGCCAAUCAUUUUCAACUCUUAACCUUGCACUGAUAGAACACAAGAAUGAAGAGUACAAGAUGAGGGAGGUCCAGCUCGGUUCACAUACUGUGAAGUCCCAUGGAGUUGCAGUUGCAAGGACACAUAUGCAUGAUUGGCUUAUAUUGGUGCUUCUUGUGGUGAUAGAAGUCAUUUUAUAUGUUGUUCAUCCGUUUUAUCGGUUUAUUGGGAAGGAUAUGAUGACAGAUCUUAGAUACCCCUUGAAAAGUAAUACAGUGCCUGUUUGGGCUGUUCCAAUGUAUGCCAUUCUUUUGCCUAUGGUGAUUUUCCUAGUUGUCUAUUUUCGUAGGAGAGACAUCUACGAUCUCCAUCAUGCCAUACUAGGUCUCUUAUAUUCUGUUCUAGUGACAGCUGUCAUUACUGAUUCAAUAAAAAAUGCAGUUGGGCGGCCUAGACCUGAUUUCUUUUGGCGUUGCUUUCCUGAUGGAAAGGAUGUUUAUGACCAAUUGGGAAAUGUAAUAUGUCAUGGCGAUAAAAAUGUCAUCAAGGAAGGGCACAAGAGUUUUCCAAGUGGGCAUACUUCAUGGUCCUUUGCUGGCCUGAGUUUUCUGUCGCUCUACUUAUCUGGAAAAAUAAAAGUAUUUGACCGCAGAGGUCAUGUUGCAAAGCUAUGCAUCAUCUUUUUUCCAUUGCUAGUUGCUUGUCUUGUUGGCAUUUCUCGAGUGGAUGACUACUGGCAUCAUUGGCAGGAUGUCUUUGCUGGAGGUCUCUUAGGGCUCGUAAUUGCUACAUUUUGUUAUUUGCAGUUCUUCCCUCCACCAUAUCAUCCUCAAGGUUGGGGGCCUUAUGCUUACUUUAAGGUAUUGGAGGAGUCGCGUGGAAGUGCACAAGCAUCUACUACUAUAAAUUCGCUAAAUUCAGAUGCAAGAGAGAAUGAAGAAGAAGAAAGGAAUGGGUUUAUGGGGCUAUAUUUGGCUCACAACUCUAGUUUGCCAAUGGAAAACCAAGACAUUGAAGAGGGAAGGAAGUAAUUUCCAGUAGCUAUAUAAAGGCUCAAGUUCACCAGAGUAGAAGGAAAUAUUGCUUCUCCUUGUUUAUCACCCUGCAACUUAGUAGCUCUUUUGUUUAUCAGGUUUCCAAGAGAUUAAUUUUAACUUUUUUAAGUAAAAUGUAUAUAUUUAUCCAGACUAUAUUAUUAAUAAAAGGCAUAAUUUAUCAAAACA